CACAGCUCCAAACCCACCACGGAGGAGGUUCGGGGCUGGGCUCAGUCCUUUGACAAGCUGAUGAAGAGCCCGGCGGGUCGCAACGUCUUCCGGGAGUUCUUGAGGACUGAAUACAGUGAGGAGAACAUGCUCUUCUGGUUGGCGUGCGAGGAGCUCAAAACCGAAUGCAACAAACACACCAUCGAUGAGAAGGCCAGGACCAUCUAUGAGGACUACAUCUCCAUCCUCUCACCCAAGGAAGUGAGCCUGGAUUCUCGGGUGCGGGAGGUGAUCAAUCGGAAGAUGCAGGAGCCGUCCUCGCACACCUUCGACGACGCUCAGCUCCAGAUUUACACGCUGAUGCACAGAGACUCCUACCCUCGCUUCCUGAACUCUGCCAUAUACAAAUCGCUGCUCCAGAACGUCUCCCGCUCCUCCUCGGAGUCCUAAAGGCCGUGGGGACACCGGCGGGGACGCGGCACCAGGAGGGGGGGGGGGCGCACAGCCCGGCUCUCCUUCACCCCCCACCCCCCGUUUUUAGCUUUUUACCUGUGAGCCCUCGCUCUCAGGGC